AUGGCUAACCUUACUUUCUCCGCCAUUUACGAGAACGCAAUCCGAAAGUACCACGAAAUUACGGGAGAGACUCUCGAGGUCGAUCUUCUCACAGGGAUUCGCAGUGUCAGCGAUCUCACGAAAGAAAUCGACGAGAGGAACAGGGCCUUCCGCGAGUUCCGCGAAAAACGCGGCGCCAUCUUCGAUGUUCUCGAAGCGACCCUGAUCCCCGUGCAAUUAUUCGGCAACCUCGCGGCUGGGGGCGCGUCGAUGGUAUUCCCCCCCAGCAGUCUUGUCUUUGGGGCAGUGAUGCAUUUGGUGGGUGCUGCAAAGGGGGUAUCGGCCUCGUACGAGGCGAUUCAGGACCUGAUGCAGAUGCUGCAGGAUUUCACCAUCCGACUAAAAGUAUACACACAAGAAGCCCUCUCCGAGGUUCUAAGCGACAAGCUGAGCGAUAUCAUCGUUACCCUUAUCGAAAUUUUUGCCUUGUCAUCCAAGAUUAUCCGACGUGGCCGACUGCUUAAGUUCACCCGAAAUAUUCUACUCGGUAACGACGAUGCCAUUAAAGCCGCGAUAGUUAGACUUGACAAGCUCACCCAGGCCGAAGCUAACCUAGUCAGAGCUGAGACCUUGACCGAGUCGAAGAGAGCCGGCCGUGUAGUUGAUGGUAUAUCUGUGACCGUCAACGCCACUAACGCGACUGUCCUGGAGACCGGGAUGACGGUGAAUCGAGUGAGCGCACAGGUAUAUGAGGUGCAGGAGAUGCUAGAGAAGCUGAUCGUUUCCGCGAAUGAGGAAAAGCCGGAUACCCGUGAGAAUCAAGAAGCCCUACAGGAACUCAUCAACCGGGUCCUCAGGCCAUCUAAGGUUGAUUCAGCGCAGGAAUGGUUCGACAAGAUCCACAAGGCCCGUGUACCGGGCACAGGGGACUGGGUUCACAGUGAGGAUGUUUUCCAAUCCUGGAUCAAUAAGGAAACGCCGGUAAUUUUUGUGUCUGGGAACCCGGGCGCAGGGAAGUCAUUUCUGGCGGCGAACAUGAUCAGUUUCCUCCUCAAGCGGUUUUGCCCAGGCCUUCAGCGCAACCCGGUGACUUCUAUUGGAUACUUCUUCUUCAAGGGUGACAAUCCCCAGACAAGGUCCUUUCAUCAGGCUUUGCGAGACCUGGCUUUUCAAAUCAGCAAGAGUGACCCAUGGUACCGGAAGUAUCUCGCGACUAUCGCGGAAUAUGAACAGAUUAGCACCCUAGAGAGUGCCUGGCGUCUCCUAUUUGUUGAAUACUUUCUCAAAAAACCUAAUAUUGAGAGCACGGCGUAUAUCCUGCUGGAUGCAGUAGACGAAACCCUGGACGAGGAGCGGAGGAUCUUCGUCGAUCUAGCCAAGGACUUGUAUAGUAAUCAGUCGCGUUUGCAGCUAGCCAUCGUCGGCCGCCCUUAUCUCAGCGACCAACUGCUCGAAGGCCUGGAAGUUAAGGUGCCAACCCUUCACGUCACCAAGCAGAAGAACUCUGGUGAUAUUAGCCAGUAUAUCCACGUCAACAUCAAAAAGUCCCUGGUUCUGCGAAGGGUAUCGCCAACGCUACGGGAUGAGAUCAUUGAUAAACUCUCGGCUGGAGCGGAAGGCAUGUUCCUUUGGGUAAACCUUAUGUUGCAGGAGUUAGUUAAGAAGCGAAAUGAGACUAGUAUGCGAAAAGCACUGGAGCAGGCUCCCCGGGGGCUUAAGGAGAUGCUCCGACACGUGUUGGCCACUUUUUCUAGAAGCUCGAACGAGGAGGAGCUCGAGUACCUUAAUGAAACAUUACUCUGGGUUACCUGCGCAAAUCAACCGUGGAGUCUGGCAGAGAUAGAGGCGAUCCUCAGAUUAAAGUCACCUGAAGGGGACGGUAUUAUUGACCUUGAAGGAGCCAUACGACGCCAGUGGGCGUCAUUCUUCACCCUACACCGAGAGGAUGGCCUUACGACAGCCGAGCUAGAGAAUAGACCAGCUUAUCUAGACGCGUUCGACUGGGGGACCGACGAGGAGAAACAAGAUGAGUACGAGAGCUCCGAGGAGGACUAUUUCAUGGCCUUCAACUCAAAAAGGGAUACAACUACCGUCACCUUUUACCAUGCAUCUAUUGGCGACUUCCUCCGCGACGAGUCGGAAGGUAAGGUGUCGGCUACAGAGAGCCACAUUGGUGUCGGGGUGUAUUACCAUGAAGCAAAAAUUCAUAUCCUCAGGACUUACUUAAGGCUAAUCACUAAUCCCGAGUUUGCAAUAAAGGCAAACGACUCGGGACACAUGCUCCAACAUGCUGCGCGGCAUUGGGGCGAUCACCUUCUUACCACCUUCCCGUCCAAGUGCUCAUUAGAGGAUAGACGAGAGAUCGCGAAGAUGCUGUUGACGGCAUUUCGAUCGGAAGAAGCAAUGACGAACUGGCUUGGGGAGGGUAAUUGGGCUCUUCCUACGGCUACCAUCAAAGCUGUCAGACAAUGGUGGCAAGAGCACGACGUCCACGAGUUUCUCUCUCCAGAAGAGAAGGAGUUUAUCUCGACAACGGAGAGUGAGUCAGGUAAUCUACUCAAACCAAUGAUAAUGUUCUGCAUUAAGAGAUGGCUGUGGGAAGACCAGCCUAAUCCUGUUCCUAUGGUCUCUAUAGUCUGGCGCUACCAAAUGCUAGUUAAGGGUAAGGAGGUCCAUGAUUACGAUAGGAAUAUAACGGCGGAAGAAGUAAUCGAGGCUGCUGAGUUUGGUGGCUUCGAGCAGACCAGUCGGUGGUUUCGACAAUGUGCGAUCGCUUUGCGCCAAUUUUGUUGCUAUGAGGAGGCCCUUGAGUAUUUCAAAAAGGCGAUGGAACUCAAUCCGGAUGAUUGGCGUACACUGCGUGAGCUAGCACAAACAUAUCAGGAGCAAGGCGACUGGCAGAAAUCCACUGAGCUCUGGAAACGGACUCGACUAUGUUUGUUGACUGCAAUUGCGGAGUCACCAGAGGACGGGCCACUAAAAGGACAUCUUCAUGAGUGCCUGGAGCAUAUGGGCCAGAUCUAUGAAGAACAGGGGGAUCAGGAGAAACGGUUCGAGGCGGUUCAAGAGGCAUAUCAAUACGCACCCUCUUGCUGGGCCUGUAUCUAUGCCAUUCUGGAUUACCAUAACAACAACCACGCUUACAAAGCAACCAUGGACUUGCUGAAGAAGUUAGCCGAUACUCCAGUUCCUGAAGAAGAUUUCUCGGAGUUAACUCGAUUCUUAUUGGUCAACGUAUUUGAUGUGGACGUCAAGUCAAGGCUUGCUGCCGAUGCCGCAUUGGCUACCAAUGACCUGGACUUCGUGUUGGCGAGCUUGCAAACGGCGGCCAGGGUGGCUCGAACAUCCUCGAGGACGUUGAUUGCCGCGGAGGUGGAUAUGGCCAUCGCUCGAAUUUAUGAUGAGUUUCUUCUUGACCACCUAAAGGCAAUCAAAUGCUGGGAGAAGACCAUGGACGCAUACUCUUCCUCCUCCGACGGGACAUUGAUCGGGAUUAUCAGACAGCAGGCCUCCUCAAAGCUGGCUCGGGCGUUUCUCUGUAACGCAGUCAAAGUUGGAGUUGACACACCAGAGGCGGAAGAAUCGGGGGCCAAACUUGAGAAGCUCGCUCAGCAAAGCCAGGCUUAUUCCUUAGGAAGCUGCGCCUUCGCGCCGGCCGUCUACUUGGGCAUCUACUGCCACCUCCGAGGGCAAGACGAGCGGGCGCGGGCUCUCUUCCGACCUUCCCUACAGCGAAGCAUUCAAACCCUCCAGGGUGACAAUCCCACGAACGAAGAGCUUUCUGACCUGCAAUAUACUCUGAUGAGGGCGGGAGAUUUGAAAAAUGUUAUUGCAAUUGCCCACAGGUCGGAACAAGACAACAGCGACCCCUGGUAUAUAUGUCGCGGCCCAUGCCGGCGGAAGGCACCUACACGGGAUGGUUUUUCCAUUUGCCCUAUCUGUUUGGAGGGGGAGCUGUGCCCGGACUGCGUUAAACUGGUGGAGAGCGCGAUACCCAAGAAGAGAUGUAAUUCCCAGCACGUUAAGUACUUUAUCUCCAUUCCCCCGCAUUUGAAGGAGAUCCGCAGCGGCAUGAUGCUGGUCGAUGGCGAGGAGAUGGAGUUCGAGACGUGGUUGAAUCAGCUGAAAAAGGAAUGGGCUCUUGAUGCUCACAAUUCUUCAAAUUCUCCCGCAGCCCGUCUUGGUCUCGGUGACUUUUUACUCGGCGUUGUCGCGUAG